AUGUCGAGGCGCCGCCAAGAACAACAAGAGGACUUGCCCUCCGACGAGGGGUCAUUUGCCAACUUCGACGAAGAUGACGUCCUCUCAUCCUCCGACUCCGACUCCGACGAUUUCGCCGAAAAGAGGAGAACUGCGCUUCUCGACAAGGAUUCCGACGAGGAGGAGCUGGAGCGCUUCGUCUUAGGAAGCAGGGAGACAUUCCGCGAGCAAUUAUUCCGUGACGACUUUCUUCCUGCUGUCACCGACUCCAAAGCGCUUGUAAAAGUCGCGCCUGAAGAUGAUGCUACAGCCACAGGCCACGAGCAUGUCUCCGACUCAAUGCUCUUUACCCUCGACACGGGAGGAGACUCAGACGAGGAGCUUGAAUUGGUUGAGGCGAGGCAAGCACCACAAGAAAAGGAAGAGGAAGCGCCCGCGUGGGAGGACAGUGACGAUGAGAGGUUGACCGUCUCCCUGGCCGGAGCAACACGGCUUAGGAAACUCAGAAACACCGAAGCAGAGGAUGUUGUUAGCGGCACUGAAUACGCACGGCGGUUACGGCAACAGUACCUCCGUCUUUACCCCCUCCCCGAAUGGGCCAACGAGGCCGCUACCGCCGGGUCCAAACGGAGGAGGCGCCGCUCGUCAGCCGCCUCGAACGACUCCUCCGCCUCAGACAUGGAAGUAGACAGCGACGGCGAGGGCAUCGACGCCCCCCUGCCCCUCGACACAUUCCUCCGCGACGCCAAAUCCUUCGCCCCCACCUCCGACAACACCCAGUCCAAGCGCCGCAAGCUCCGCCCAGAAACCCUCGACAUCCAACGCACCCGCGACAUCCCCGACACGCACAAGGCGGGCGUCUCGUCCCUCUCCUUCCACCCGCGCCGGCCCAUCCUCCUGUCCUCCAGCACCUCCUCGGUCAUGUACCUGCACCAGAUCGACGGUUCGGCGCACCCGGUGCCCAACCCGGCGCUGACGUCGGUGCAGGUCAAGCGCACGGACCUGCGGCGCGCCGCCUUCGUGGGCCCCGACGGCGACGAGGUCAUCUUCGCCGGCCGCCGCCGCUACUUCCACAGCUGGAACCUGUCGUCGGGCCUCGUCAAGAAGGUCUCCAAGAUCCAGGGCCACCAGAAGGAGCACCGCUCCAUGGAGCGCUUCCGCCUCAGCCCCUGCGGCCGCUACCUGGCCCUCGUCGCCAGCGACAAGAAGGGCGGCGGCAUGCUGAACAUCGUCAGCGUCGGGUCCAUGCAGUGGAUCGCGCAGGCGCGGAUUGACGGGCGCGGCGGCGUCGCCGACUUCGCCUGGUGGGCCGACGGCGAGGGGUUGACUAUCGCGGGGAAGGACGGGCAGGUCGCCGAGUGGAGCAUGGCCACGCGCCGGACCGUCGGCAUCUGGCGGGACGAAGGGUCCAUCGGCGGCACGGUCAUGGCGCUGGGCGGGCGCGGCGGGCCGGCCGAGCUGGGCGGCGAUCGCUGGGUGGCUGUCGGGUCCAACAGCGGUGUGCUGAAUGUCUACGACCGAAACGAGCUGCUGGCCAGGUCGGCGACUGGUAAGCAGGCGGCCGCGGCGGCCGCGGCUGUGGAGAUCAAGAAGCUGCCGGAGCCGACGCGCUCGUUUGAGCAGCUGACGACGUCGAUUUCGGUGGUUACUUUUGCGCUUGAUGGUCAGCUGCUGGCGUUUGGCAGCUUUCACAAGAAGGACGCCCUCCGGCUGGUGCACCUGCCUACCUGCACCGUCUACCGGAACUGGCCGACUGAGCAGACGCCGCUGGGGCGGAUUACGGCGGUGGCGUUCAGCGCGGGGAGUGAUGUGUUGGCGGUAGGGAAUGAUGUGGGCAAGAUUCGGUUGUGGGAGAUUAGGGGCUGA